AUGGCCGGUAUCGCACGCAAGGUUAUCAUCUGUGCUGCUGUUGACGGCCUAAUAAUCCAGCCAUUCGUAACAAAGGGACAACGCCCUGCGCAGCCGGUUAGGAUUAAAUACGGUGACGCAGCUAUAACACCUGCUUCUCGAGAGCAGAUUCCCGAUCUUUCCCAGCCACAUUCCUCUUUUGAGGCUUUCGGAGUUAUAGGAUUGAUCACAGUCUCGAAGCUUAGUUAUUUAAUCACGAUCACUAGGCGACAGCAGGUCGCUCAAAUCUGUGGCUACCCAAUCUACGUUGUGACCGAGGUUGCCGUCACUCCAUGUGCCUCCCGAAAGGACGCCAGCGACGCUAUCGCGCAGACCGCACUACAAUUGCAGGAGAGUAAAGUAGAUAAUACUGCCGAAGAUAGCGACAGCGAUGACUACGUCGAGCUUCCCGCAAGUGGUGACGAAGUUGAAGAUCCCGCCACAGAUACCAAGCAGGGGCCUGAACCCGUUAAAAGUACCGUCGCAAAAGAUGUGAUCGGCAGGAGAGGAAGCUAUGGAAGGUUUGCACAAAGAUGGUUCAGUAGGAGUGGUUGGACGCAAGAUCGGAAAAGAACAGCUGGCUGGAGCGGCACGGCGGAUCAGACCCGGGGCUCCAUCGACCAAGCUGGCACUUCGACGAACUCGGCUUCAGCGUCGGCCAUAGACGAUUCCGACGAACCAGUGCCGGCGUCUACCUUGCUCCCCAAGCUUUUAAGAACAACCCAAAUCCUCUUCGGCUCAUCGAGAAGCUUCUUUUUCUCGUAUGACAUCGACAUCACACGCCACUGGGCGAGCCGCUCCAAAUCUCAAUCCAACGAUGUGCCUCUGCACAAUCGUGUCGAUCCUGUGUUCUUCUGGAAUAAGAAUACUCUGAAGCCUUUCAUAGAGGCAGGAGAAGAGUCUCUGUUGCUACCCUUGAUGCAGGGUUUCGUCGGCCAAAGGCAGUUCGUAGUAGACAGCUCCCCCCCUCAGACUGACGACGGCCUUGGAGACUCAGUAGAAAUGUCGGCGUUCCGGCAGCCUAAUUCCGAACCAGCGUCGCCGCCAUCAGAAACCGUUCGGAGCUCAAUCGAUCUUCGUUCUACUGAAAAGAAGUUCCUCUUGACUAUAAUCUCUCGCCGGUCUACACGGAGAGCUGGUUUGCGAUAUCUUAGGCGAGGCAUUGACGAGCAAGGCUAUGUUGCGAACGCAGUCGAAACGGAACAGAUCUUAUCCGACUCUUCUUGGGCAAAGUCUUCGAAGAUUUACUCGUUUCUUCAAAUUCGUGGCAGUAUCCCUUUGUUCUUUACGCAAUCGCCAUAUUCUCUGAAGCCCGCGCCUUUGAUCCAGCAUUCGCCAGAAGCAAAUUACGCAGCAACAAAGAAGCAUUUUGAACGCUUGAAGGUGGAAUAUGGAGGCUUGCAGAUUGUCAACUUGGUAGAAAAGCAUGGUGUCGAGGCAACGGUUGGGAAUCAGUACGAACAGACAGUUCAGAAACUGAACGAAGAAGUGUUCGCUGGCCAAGACGUGGCAGUUCCGUUCGAGUGGUUUGAUUUCCAUUCGGCGUGCCGCGGAAUGAAGUUUGAAAAUGUCAGCCUACUCCUGGAUACGCUUCGCGACAAGCUGGAAAGCUUCGGAAGCACUGUUGAAGAGGGAGGCAGUAUUUUGGAACAACAGCAAGGUGUUCUGCGCACUAACUGCAUGGAUUGUCUCGACAGGACGAAUGUCUGUCAGAGUUCAUUUGGAAAAUACAUGUUAGAGGCACAGCUUAAAGCGGAAGGGUUUGACCUUAGUGCUCAAGUUGACCAGCAGACGUCAUGGUUCAACACGCUUUGGGCAGACAAUGGAGACGCCGUUUCGAAGCAGUAUGCGUCUACAGCCGCUAUGAAGGGCGACUACACGAGGACAAAAAAGCGCAAUCUUGGCGGAACUUUGAAUGAUCUUGGCCUUUCACUUACGCGAUUCUAUAACGGAAUGGUCAAUGACUAUUUCAGCCAAGCCGCUAUCGAUUUCCUGCUCGGGAAUGUCAACUCUAUGGUGUUUCAAGAGUUCGAAGCCGAGAUGAUGACAAAAGAUCCUGCUGUCUCCAUCUUGAAUAUGAGGGAGCAAGCUAUCGAACUUUCCCAGAAACGUGUCAUAUCCGAUGAGAGUGAAGAGUUCAUGGGCGGCUGGGUUCUUUUCAGCCCGCAUACGUCCGAUAAUCUUAAGUCGCUCCCCUUUGAGGAAGUGGUUUUGCUUCUGACCGACGCCGCCCUUUACCUAUGCCGGUUCGACUGGAAUCUGGAUAAAGUAUCGUCCUUUGAGCGCAUAGACCUGGCGCACGUCGUCGGCAUCAAGUUCGGCACAUACAUCAUUUCGACUGUCUCCCCUGGACAAACGGAUGAAACGAAGAACGUAGGCUUCGUGGUGUCGUACCAACCGGGCAAGAACGAUAUUACCAGGACUAAUACUAGAACGCUCUCCAACAUGGGUGUGAAGCGCAACAAGACGGAGCGUUCGAGCCAAUCGGAGGAGCAUCAACACCCCCAUUCCGCCCAGCCUGCCCAAUCUGCCCUAAGCAAUCUGCUUGGUGGACGUCCCAAAGGUUCUCCGGUGCGGAGGGUUGCUUUUAAGGCCCCCUAUUCUCAGUCUUCCGCCGCAGUCACCGGCGAUGGACCCAAGAUGAGCGAGAUUCAACAAGUUGUGAGCAUUUGCGCGGAGAUAGAACGUCUCGCGUUUCUAAGCCAGCCUGGCAAAGAGAAGCCGGGUACCGAGAGCAUCAUCGAGAAGGGUGACAUUAUCUCCUUGGAAGAAGCAAGACAGAGUACUGGUUUCUUGGACCACAUAAGCUACUCGUUGAAGAGACUCGUAUGGGCAUAA